CAUGGAAAAGUGGAUGUGUUUUGAAUUUCAAAAACCCUAAUAAUUAAAAAUACCCCCCAAUUUAUUAAUCAAUUCAUUUCUCUUUCAAAAAUGCCUGCAAACCCUAGAAAUUGUUCUUCUCUAUAAACUAAUUGUCUCGUAAUUUCUUCACAAAAAAUCCUGAUUUUUCUCGGAAAUUUGUGUUGUAUGUGUUUCAAUUUUUCAAAAGAAAAUAUUUGAAAAAUUGUAUGCAAAUGAACGGAUCUGAAGCAGGAAGACUGUUCCAGCCGUCAAUGGCGUCGGGACCGGUAACGUCUCAGCCGGUGGUUUCGUCUCAGCAGCCGGUGAAUACCGUCCGUGUGUAUCCUCCCAGCGUUACAGGCGGUUACAGUGUUGCUACUGAUGUAAUGUCUAGCAGCGGCGGUGGUGGCGGCAGUGGCAUAGGGUUUCACCAGAAUAUCAACAUUAACGAGCACGGUGGCAGUGGCAGCGGCGGUGUUGGUGGCGGUGAGAUAGCGGUGAAAAAGAGGGGGAGGCCGAGGAAGUACGGUCCGGACGGCUCUAUGUCACCGUCGGCAAUCAGUGCAGUGCGGCCCGUAAAGUUGACACCUGUCGCUGCCACCACCGUGUCGUUGAACGGAGCGUUCGAACAUCAGCAGCAGCCGCAUUCGGUUGCUGCUCCUCCGCCUAUUUCCGCUUCGCCGGUUAGUUCUAUUCCGAUGGAUGAAGGGUUCGGAUCGGUUAAGAAGGUUAGAGGUAGACCUCCUGGUUCGACGAACAAGAAACACAAAAGAGAAUCUUUUGGAUCUGCUGGAUUUGGUUUUACUCCACAUAUCAUCGUUGUGCAGCCCGGAGAGGACGUGUUAAACAAGAUCAUGUCAUUCUCUCAAAACGGACCACGGGCCGUAUGCAUCAUGUCUGGCAUCGGUGUCAUCACUAAUGUAACACUUCGUCAAGCCGCAACUUCUGGUGGAACCGCAACUUAUGAGGGGCGAUUUGACAUAUUGUCACUUUCUGGUUCGUUUGUGCUAUCCGAGGCAUAUGGUCAGCGUACGAGGACAGGUGGACUAAGCAUCACAUUGUCCGGAGCAGAUGGUCGCGUUUUUGGUGGUGUUGUAGCUGGACUGUUAGUCGCCGCAUCUCCUGUUCAGGUCAUAGUAGGAAGUUUUCUUCCUGAAACCAGUAAAGAAUCGAUGCCGGCUAACCAUGCAGAGCCAUUGAGUCUUACACCAAGGGCCGCACCGGCUAACCAUGGUACAGGACCGAGCAGCUCACCAUCUCAUGGGACCAUGAGCGAGUCAUCAGAUGGGCCCGGAAGUCCGAUGAACCGAGGCAAUGAAAGUAGCCCUCAGGGCAUGGCAAGCAUGCCAUGGAAGUGAUCUUUUUGCAGCUUCAAGUAUUUAUGGAUUAGUGGUUGAGGGUAUUAUUGUAAUUGUAGUGUAGUCUUUUUUCUGUAACUUUUUAGUGAAGAGUUGAGUAUCUCAUGCAGCUUCAAGUAUUUAAAAAUGUUGAGUAUCCAAUGUAUUAAUUAGUUGUGGCUAGCACAACUUUUCCUCAAGUCUUAGGGUGAUUGCGCUUGUCGUAUGUAUCGAAAGCUAAGACUUUGAGUGACUUUUAACCCGUUUGAAAGUUGGUAGCAUCUUACUAUCUUGUAUAACAUUUGUUUGAAGUUGCCAUUUAUUUGUACAACA